AUGAAGAGCCGUUUUCCUGUUGACGCUUAUUUUCCUAUCUUAAAUAUUAUUUCUAAAUUACUCAGAAAUGUAGUAAUUAAACAUAUUCCUUUCAAUUUAUCAACACUUAAUAAUUUAUUUCAACAUACGCCCAAUCUUAACUAUCUCUCCAUUAAUUUUAAAGAUUAUUCUGGUCAACUGGAAUUAACAUCACCCAUUCUCUCAAUUACUCAUUUAAAAAUUACAUUUCAGGGUUCACAAGAUAUGCUAGAACAUCUUUUACAACAUGGAUUUCAAUGGGAAAAAAUAAUUCGAGAAUAUUUACCUGAACCAAAACUUUUUCAGUUUCAAACGAAAUUUCAACCAUCGACUGACGAAGGCAAGGAGAUUCAAUUAAGACAGAUCCAUAAUUCAUUUCAAACAAAUUUUUGGAUUUAUGAACAUCGAUGGUUUGUUCGAUCUCAUUGGUAUAUUCCAGAUGAAAACUCUAAUUUCGAUUGUAUCCAUGUUUUUACUUUACCAUAUAGUUUUGUCGAUUUUCCGGAUCGCACUAAUUGUAUUUUAGUCAAAUCGACAGAUCCGUCUUAUGAUGAGUAUUUAACAUGUGAUCGUGUCACUAGCUUAUACUAUGGAUCCUCAGCUUUUACAAACUGGAUCGUAUCCUAUGUUUAUUUUCCUAACAUUCAGCAUCUUUCAUUAUCGCUUCCUUUCAACGAUUAA